AUGGCAGGAGGGGUGGUCCUGGUGCAAGGAGCCAGCCGAGGGCUCGGCCUGCACUUCUGCAAACACAUUUUAUCCGCACGGAAAGAGGCGAGAGUGAUCGCUACCUGCAGGAGCCCCGAAGCAGCCAGCGCCUUACACGCGCUGCAAAGGCUGUAUCCCCAGAACCUCACUGUGCUGCGGCUGGAUGCCACUCGGGAGGCAGAGAUCCGAGAGGCAGCGGAAGCAGUGGCGAAGGAGCAUGGCCGGCUGGAUCUACUCAUCAACUCUGGGGCAAUGUUGCACCCCAGCGGCAGAGGAGAGAAGAGCUUGCAGGAGGUCUCAGCAGAGGGUCUUUCCAUAACAUUGGCAACAAAUACCAUAGGGCCCCUAGUGAUGGCUAAAUAUUUUGCCCCUCUGUUGCGGAAAGGAACUGGAGCAUUUGGACAUCAGUUUGCUGACCAGGCCAAACAGCAUAGGGCCAUACUGGUGAACCUGACAGCUAAAGUAGGCUCCAUAGGAGACAAUGCUUUAGGUGGAUGGUAUAGCUACAGGAUGUCUAAAGCAGCUUUGAACAUGGCUACCAAGAAUCUCAGCAUUGAACUUGGAAGAGGGAAAACUAAAGUGGUGUGUGUUUCUUUGCAUCCAGGAACUGUGAAUACCGACCUAUCAAAGCCUUAUCACAGGAAUGUUCCCAAGGACAAACUGUUCACCCCAGAAUAUUCGGUUAAUUGUCUAAUGAAUAUUAUUGAGAACCUUGAUAUGGGGAAAACAGGAAGGUUCUUUGCUUGGGAUGGAUCUGCACUACCUUGGUAAAGACUUGUUUUAAUGGAGGUGCUCCGGUACUGUGGAGAUGAGAGCAAUAUAAAUACCUAGCUAGAUUAAUGCUUUAGUAAACCUUUUGUUGUGGCAUAUUAUGGGGGCAUCCAAAAGAUAUUAGAUUUUAAUCCCAGUUCUGUCACUGACUUGCUGUAUGACUUUGAGCAAAUCACUUUAACUUCUCCGUGCCUCUAAUUCACUAUGUGGUAAAUGGGGAUAAUACUUACCAAUCUCAGGGCUCUUGAGGCUAAAUUUGUUAAUGUUUUUAAAAGGUUUUGAGAGUCCCUAAGAAAAGUGCAAUAAAGUAUAGAGUAUAGUUAUGAUUUUAUUAAUGAUAAUAAAGCAUACUGCUAAUGA